UCUGAGAUUUUCAGCGAGGACAACUUCACUGUCUCCAGGAGCUGUUCAUUGUUCCAUCAUGGUGUACGGGCAGAUCUUUCAUCGACACAGUCCUGAUGAUUGCUUCAUUAAUGUUAAUGUUGGGGGUUUCAAACAAAGAAUGGAACACGACAUUCUGAAACGGUUCCCUCAGACACGUCUGGGACGUCUUCUGUGUUGCAGCUCCAAAGAAGCAAUCCUGGAGCUCUGCGAUGACUUCAGUCCCUCUGACAAGGAGUACUAUUUUGACCGCAAUCCUCAUUUUUUUUGUUAUGUUCUGAACUUUUACCUCACAGGCAAAAUCCACCUUGUGGACGGGUUGUGUGUAGUCUCCUUUUGUCAAGAAAUUGAGUAUUGGGGAAUCAAGGAGCGUCACCUCGACUUCUGCUGCAGUAGCAAAUUCCAUGAACUAAUGGAGCUUUCUGAGGAUAAGGGCUGGGAUCAGGGGAGUGGGGAUCAGCAGCUCCAUAGCUCAGACUCCUCUAUUGAUGAGCUGUCUGCUUUGGACGAGGACAUAGAAAUGUUUGAUGGCACCUGGUGUGCAGACGUCCGCAGGAAUAUUUGGAUCCAACUUGAGAAUCCAGGUUACUCCACUUCCGCCAAAGCGAUGGCGAUAGCGUCUUUAACUGUUGUCAUUGUCUCCAUUGUAGCCAUGUGUGUCCACAGCAUGCCAGACUUUCAUCAGGUGGAUCUCAAUGAGAAGGAGAUUGAAAACCCAGUGCUGACCUUCUUUGAGAACCUCUGUGUCCUGUUCUUCUCGGCAGAAUUUAUUCUUCGUUUGGCUGUUGCACCAUCGGCCAGGAAGUUCUUGUGCAGCCCUCUCAAUAUUAUUGACUUAAUGUCAGUUAUGCCAUUCUAUGUCACUUUGGCCUGUGAUAUAAUGGACGAAGGCGAGAACCCAGACCUUGAGAACGUCGGUAAAGUGGUGCAGAUCUUAAGGUUGAUGCGAGUGUUUCGCAUCCUAAAACUGGCUCGCCACUCAGCUGGACUACGCUCUCUUGGUGCCACACUUCGACAUAGCUCCCAUGACGUCGGACUUCUCAUCCUUUUCUUGUCUGUGGGCAUUUCCAUGUUCUCUGCUCUCAUUUACUGUGUAGAAAAAGAAUCUCAGGAGUCAGAGCUGCAGUCUAUCCCCAUUGGCUGGUGGUGGGCCACCAUUAGCAUGACUACGGUGGGAUACGGGGACACCUUUCCCGUUACACUUAGUGGGAAGGUGAUAGCAACACUAUGCAUCAUCUGUGGACUGCUUAUCGUGGCGUUGCCCAUCACUAACAUCUUCAAUAAGUUUUCCAAGUUCUAUGAGAGGCAAAAACGCUUAGAGCUGAAGCAAUAA